CAGAGGAGCACCAUACCAGUAGUAUCAACGCGGCGAUCGUUAAGGCGACCCGAUUCGCCGUAUACUUCAUACCCCAAAUCAACCUUUUCAAAAAUAAAGAAAAUACGUAUACACAGUUCACCCAUCUAAACAUUCCAUUUGAUUUUUAUUCGUUCCUUAUAGCUUACCGGUACAACUUUAUUGUGCAUCCCAGUGACUCUUUCAAAUGCAUAUUUAUUGACAUUUUGCACGUACUGAUAGGUUUCAUUGAGAGAGAAACAAUCAGAAGAAAAAAGUUUAGUGAAUUAACGCCCACCAGAGUGAAAGGGCACCUCGGUGUCCCGCAUUGGCCAUUUUUUUAACAAGUAUCAUUGAGUGAAAUUAUUUUCAUUUAUAUUGGGAAUAUGACAGGUGCAAUGAUGCUCGAUGCAUUACUAUUCGUAUUUGGAAUGCUAGCGUGUCAAGCGCAGGCGGUUUCAGAAAGGUUGGAAUUAGCCCCGGCAGGUGGGAGAUCUGAACCUCAGGUUGCAACUCUGUGUGAAGCUAGUGAAGUUUACAUGGCACAGCAUAUGGGAGAACAGGGGCGAUGGGUCUCAUCGACCGACCAGAAAAGUUGUAUGUCAGACAAACUUCAAAUUCUCGAGUACUGCAAGAAGGCUUAUCCCAAGAGAGACAUCACGAAUAUCGUGGAAUCAUCUCAUUACGUCAGGGUAGGCGGUUGGUGCAAGCCAGGAAGGACCAAGUGCAAGUUGUCCAGAUGGGUUAAACCAUACAGAUGUCUGGAGGGCCCCUUCCAAAGUGAUGCACUCCUGGUACCAGAGGGCUGUCUCUUUGACCAUUUACAUAACCACACGAAAUGUUGGGAAUCUCAUAGGUGGAAUUCAACUGCGGCUGAUACCUGUCGUGAGCGGAACAUGAACCUCCGAAGUUUUGCGAUGCUUCUUCCCUGUGGAAUAUCUCUAUUCUCCGGGGUGGAGUUCGUGUGUUGCCCGAAGCAUCUCAAAGAAAAUCCGAAGCCGAAGAAACCGAUUGACUUACCAGUUCCGAAGGAUGUCGAUGAUGACUUAGAUGAAAAUGAUGAUGAUUUGGAUGAUGAUGAUGACUCGGAUGCAGACAGCGAUAAUGACAGCGACGCAGAUAAUGACAAUGACAACUCAGAUGGUGAUCUUGAGGAUGUUUUGAGUGAUCAAGCCUAUGAGGACGAGCGAGACGACGCUUAUCUUGAUGAUUAUGAUACGACAACUGUUGGUAGUACUAAGCCAACAACAAUGGCUCCAACCACGGAAAAAAGUAAACAAGAAGUUACAGCGAUGCCAGUACCAGUCAGCUCGAGUACACAGCAACCAGCCCAACCACAGGGGACACCGGAUCCGUAUCUAACACACUUCGAUCCACGAUCUGAGCACCAAAGCUAUAAACAAGCUCAAAUGAGACUUGAAGAAGUACACAAAGAAAAAGUCACCAAGGUGAUGAAGGACUGGAGUGAUCUUGAAGAGAGAUACCAAGACAUAAGAGCAAGAGAUCCCGUCGCUGCAGAUGCUUUCAAGCGAUGGAUGACAGCACGAUUCCAGGAGACAGUGGCAGCACUUGAAGCCAGUGGCGCAGCUGAGAAACAUCAACUCAGUGCAAUGCAUCAGCAGAGAGUUCAAGAAGCCGUUAAGCAAAGGAAUGAAGAGGCAAUGUCUUGCUAUACAGCUGCAUUGAAUGAAACUCCACCAAAUAUGCAUCGAAUUCAGAAAUGCCUGCAGAAACUUUUGCGCGCUCUUCACAAAGACAGACAUCAUACCAUCGCUCAUUAUAAACACUUGCUGGACAGCAGUCUUGAGCAGGCUCAGCGUGAAAAGCCAGCCACCCUAGAACAUCUUGCAGAAAUUGAUAGAAUUACAAAUCAGAGUCUACUCAUGCUAGAACGGUAUCCGGAAUUGAGUGCAAAAAUCGGCCGGCUGAUGGAUGAUUAUGUACUGGCCCUCAGGAGCAAGGACGAGACACCAGGACUCUUACUUGCGAUGACCCGUGAAGCUGAAGCUGCCAUUCUGGAUAAAUAUCAAGCAGAUGUGGCCAGUAAACAGCAAGAAAAAGAGCACCAAAAACAAUUGGAACGUGAACGUAAGGAGCAGAGAAAAGCUGAAAGAGGUGAAUUGCGUACGGAACAGGAGGAACACGAGGAGACUAAUCCAGUAGUUGAGAAAAAAGAUGUAUCUCUUGAACCACAACAAGCUCCUGCCGCUGCAGUAAUACAUACUGAAGCUAUCGUGAGGGCUGCUCACAGUAUGAUUCAUGAUGUCUCACAUUCAGAGCCGGGUUACUCUGUAGAAUACGAGACGAGACGACAGGUGUAUCACAGAGAAAGUCGUUCAGUUUACUUCACAGUUGCAUUUGCUGGUAUUGCGCUAAUUGCAGUGGGCAUGGUUGGUGUAGCAAUAUUCAAGAGACGAAAUGCACGAAGCCCUCAUAGUCAGGGUUUUAUUGAAGUAGAUCAAGCAGCAACGCCAGAAGAACGACACGUAGCCAACAUGCAAAUAAACGGCUACGAGAAUCCAACAUAUAAAUAUUUUGAAGUGAAGGAAUAACUUUAUCACCUUUAAAAUCAGAAUAAGUAUCUCCGAUUUAUUGUUUUCUCACGUAUAUUAUUCGUUUUUUGUCGAAUGAGAUAAGUGAAAGAGAUCUAUAAUAUAAUUGAUGUCCAUUGUUUGUAUCACCAGGCUGUAUAUGGGUAGACGAUGAUUUCUGUCAACCUUAGCGAAAUAUUGAGUCAUUUUUUAUUAUUACAUAUUGAAAAUGCUUCUGAUUGGAGUCGGAUAGCAUAAGUGAUCAACACUCCGUAUAUGUCCAUGUGUAAUCGCAGCGUAUUUACUUAUUUAUUCUGAAAUUUGAAGAUGAAAGUAUGAUUUUAAUUGAAUACUCUAAACUCCAUACAGUGUGACAACACGGGUUGAUGAAAUUCUCCACAUUCCAUUCCAUUAUUAUUUUACGCUAAACGAAGAAAGACUAAUGUGGGUUUAAAAUUGGCUUGAACUACUUUGUUCGGUGUUUAUUUAUUUAGAUAUGUCCUUUCCUUUGUAAUUCUUUCCAUUGAACAAUGGGUUGUAAUCGUUGAAGCAAUAUUAAGGAAACCUCACACCCCACACAUUCAAUAAUGUCGGAAUGUUUAACGCAAUCAACGGAGUGUUGAAUAAAAUGCUAUUUAAAGCACAUAAGUUCGAGUGCCAUGGAAGUGAUAAUACAAAAUUCAUGAACAAAUGUAGGAUUCCAAUCAUCGAAACUAGUUGAAUUAAUCGAUCAUGUUCUGAUAUUUUAAGCGAUAAAAUAGACGAGUGCACAGCAUAUUGAUAAAUUGUACAGUUUCGCUGCUUGAAAUCAAUUAAUAGUAAUUCAGCAAAAAGUGUUAAUCGAAGAACGUUGCUAUCGUUGCUACUGGAGUAAUAUCGAUUAAGAAAAUGUGAAGGAAAGUAUAUAAUGGGUUUCAUAAUAAGAAAAAAUACUCUUGAAAUAUCAGAACGUCUGUUGAAUCAAUUGCGUCGCUUAGUUUCUCCGAUCGAACAUCCGAUUUCAUCGUACCUUUCAACUUUUCCAUUUCAAUAUAGUUUCUAGAUGGCGUAUCCUUUUGAUUCCCAGUCAUUAUUGAGUACUUAAUGUCUAUUUAGUUUGAUGGAUAAUUAAAUGUUUAAAAAUACUGAAGAGCACUGAUAUACUCAGUUGAAGAAAAAUGGAGUGAAAACAAAAAAAUAAAUUAAUCUAUCAUUCGAAUAAAAAAAUAGUGAUUAAGAGAGUAGUCUACUAUAAUUGUUUUUGUCAUUUUAUUUUUCGAAUGUCGCAGAAAAUCACUGUUGAGAAUCCAAUAAUGGAAAAUAUUCGAGAGGCUUGUUCGAUUUUGCCGAACCUUCUUUUCACACACGAAAUCUGUGUGCAUACAGCGUCGUUAUAAAUCAUGUCGGGACUGUCGAAUAAAAGGAACAAGACUAUUUUUCUUCAAAAAUGGAGUUAUUUAGAUGGGGUAUAAAUUUAUACAGCGGUACAGUGGAUUCGAAAAAUAAAAUACUUUUAUGGCAAUUAAUGCCAUUGAAAACAAGACAAAGCUGUUGGAUUUUUCAUUUUCGUGUGUUUUUUUUUCUAAUUCAAUGAAUUUUUUGAAAUUAAAAAACAAACGCGUUCAUAACAAUAAUUAUCUUAGGAUAAGAUUAAUAAUGCAUAUGCAUGUAUGAUGACGAUGGUGAUGAAUAAUAUACUACACGUUUAACGCUUAUAUAUUUGUAUAUGAUCAAGAAAAGAUAGAAGACACGCACUUUGGCUCCGUUAGCACGAAGGAGCAAACACACGCAUAUGCAUACAUUAUACACUUACAGUAUAUACCUUCAAAUAUACACACUCAAUUUUAAAUGAUUUAUGCUGGGACGAGGCAAACAGUAUUGGAAUAAAUUCAAUGAAUUUAUAGAUAUUUAUUCCCUUCCAGAGAAUAUGUAGGAAAGCUUUAAGGAGCUUUAUGCGGCGAAAUUUGCUACCAAUUGAUAUUCAACAUUUAAUAUGUGCAUCGAAAUUAACUAAAAAAUAACUCAAAUAAAUUACAUGUGUGCUCAUUGCCUACAUUCCCCGACUGUCACAAUGCUGUCAAAUAAUAUCAAAAGAACGACAAUUGAUUCAUUUAACUAACCCUCAUGGAGUUACAAGUGAAGAAAAAUAUUCCGCUCAAUUGGUUUAUGAUUGAAAAAUGGCAUUGUGUAAAAUCUUUUUAUAUAUAUUGAUGAAAGGUAUAGUAAUUCACCACAGUAAGUGUACUAUCAAGACGGUCAUAAUGAAAAUCAACACAAAGAUACCAUCCUUACAUUCUAUUCAAAUGAUAUAUAAUUAUAUAGACACAUACAUAUACAUAGAAUUACAGAUCUGCGUAUAUAUUUAUAUAUCAUUAUGAUAACAGAUUUAUUAUUGUAACUAUAGCAUGUAGUGUUAUGUAAAAACACAUGGUCGCGUAUGAAACAUGGAACUGACGCCGAGUCACAGGUUCACGGGCUUUUUAUCAAAUUACUUGCUCCUUUUUUUUAUUUUUAAGAUAAAAGACUAAAGAGAAGAUCAAUUCAAUGAGAGCUGACGGGCAUGAGAUUCUUCUCAUAAAUCUUUAUCACAACCUUUGCUUUUUCUCUCCUGAAUCUUUCAAUUGAGGUGAAAUGUUAAUUUAUCAAUUUUAGUGGCUCGGAGCAUAUCAGUUCGGAGACUAUCAAUUGUUCUGGAAAUAGGAAGGUGAAAUAUCAUCAUGGGUUCUGAUCUUUCAAAUGUAUGUGUAUGUGCGUGUAUCCUGAAUCCUUAAAUAUAACGAUCCUGUGACCCGGUUUUGGGCCUCUCUAAGUAAAUUUAAAAAUUGAUUUUUGUAAAGAGGUAAUAAUUCUAUAUGGAAAUAAUCAACCUAGCUUAAAGUGAAGAGAAACUACAGAGCACGUGAGGUGUGAGAAUAACAAAUUGAAAGAUUAAUAAUAAACAGAAAUAUACGUCCUUCGGUAGGAGUCCCACUUGUGAGGGGAUUGAAAAGAAAAGACAAAUGAUAUAAUAACAACACGGUUCAACUAAAUUCGCUCGGAUUUUGUGUAAAAAGGGGAACGUAAUCUUUUGGAUUAUUUUUUGGUGCUGAUUCAAAUGUUACAAACAGGAAAGGCCAAUAUAUCCAGGUUUGAAGGAAAAAAAAACAAAGAAUUAGACGAAAGUUGAAGUAAAUGAGGAGAUCAAAUCCAUCGCUGCGUAAAUCCAGUGAUUGGCAUGAAAUGUGAACGAAACCAUUGAAUAAUUUGUUUUCCAGUCACUAGUGGAAAUGCUCAAUGCAGGAUGAAAUUAUGAGUUUAGAAGCAACAUAUUUUUUCAAGUUUAUAUCUUCCCGUUUUGAUCAUUUCUUUAGUCAGUUAACCCAAGGAAUCGAUCCGAGGGGAUCAAUACCUUGACGAUUUGACCUCGUCAGGCAACCAACCAACAAUCGAAACAAAAAACUCUUGCACGUAAAUCGAGAAUUGAUUAAGACUCCGUGCGUGUUUUCUGACGUAGUAGAUAUAAAAAAGUGAUAAAAUGCUGCGCCAUAUCCACAGCUCAAUAAAACUCUUGAAGGAGAUGUAAUUGCACAGAAAAAAUCCAUUUUUUCUAGACUGUAGAACUAAAAUCGCAGAUGGAGUGCUCUUCAAUGCUAAAAACUUUGGAGAAAUUCAAUUGAAAUUUAUUUCUUGACGAUUUUAUAACUCACAGAAGUCAUAUUGUAGAUAAACUUCACACUUUAAUGACCUCUACUAGAUCUGUAAAAUCCCAAAGGAGUUUCAAUUCAAUUUGUCAACAGUUUCGAGAGGAGAAAAAAAGCCAAGAUAAUUUCAGAAGCAAUCUGAAAAGAGUGCAUUUUUUGUGCACGUUUAAUUCUUUCAUUGCGUUUAUUGGGCUGUGGGAAUGACUCAAAAUAUCACCACUUUUUCCUAUCUAUAUACAUACCCUCUUCAGCCUUGCGAAGGCUAAGAGAUAAUUAUAUAUUAUAUUAUUAUUGAGAAAAACUGAGAACUUCUGAGAUAAUCUCGCGCUUUUAUCACUGAAAUAAAUGUAAUUUCUAGUAUGCGAUCUAUCAUAAAUCAUUUGGAUGUAGCUCAAUUAGACGACAGAGCAUUUAGCAUUUUCAUUUUUCAUCAUUUUGAAAAAAGAUGUCAAUUGUAAUGCCAAACAUUGAGUUGAUUUGACAGUCAAGUUGUUGUAAACUUGUCUCCCAAUGGCAGAGAUUAGCAUAAAAAGAGAAUCUCUUAUCGAUUUCAGCCGGUGCCGAGUGGAGGAUAUUUUUAACUAAGGAGCAUACAAUACACUAUUGAACCUGGAAUGUUUAACAACAACGAAGUCACAGAAAAUUUGUGUAGAAUUCUUCAUCGAGAAAUCGGCUAAUUUUUCAAAUAUUGUGAUCAUUGGCGGUUUUCGGGAUCAUAGGAUGCUGAAAAGCCGUAAAAAUUUCGAGAAUUUAGAUAACAAUUUUUUCGACUUUUCAAUCUAUAGCAGGCUACUUUGGUUCACUUAUAAAAGCACAAAAAUGUCUCAAAUAAUUCCUACUUUUCUCAAGAUAUAUAUAUAUAUAUAGACAUAUAUCAAAUUGCGAUUGAACCGGAUUAGCGUUAGGACAAUUGGACAAGCCACAGAUAUAUAAAAUUUUAAACAAUUCGGUGAUAAAACGGGAGAAGCAUUGGUGUCAUUAAAAUUAGCAUUGGGGAAAUCAUUCAGAAAACAGCAUUUCACUUUUGGUCAAGAUAAGUUCGAAUUCCAUUAAACCAUGUCACGGGUUGCGUCUGUAUUUACGAAAAAAUAGACCUUAUUCCUUUCUCAUAAUCUAUCCAACAUCUACUAAAGUUCUUCCUCAAUUUAGUAUCACCGCCAAAAACGAGAAAAAGGUAACUAUUUUUUCGUUAUUAUAACAUUCUUUACACACGUAGGGGAAAAAAAAUUUACAAAAGCUAAGUGAUUGUCUAUGAAAUAUUUCUUUGCAAAUUCCUAUACUUAGGUUUGUCAAAAUCGUUUUCUUUGUGACUGUACAAUAACAACACGAAUUCGAAGAAAAUGAGAAAAAAAUGAGACAUUCGGAGAGGGAAUGAAAACCACUAUAUCAUGCUGGCAAUUGACCAAUUUGUAAGAGAACAUGAGGAAUUAAGAAUGCGUGGGAGCUUUCACUAAAUAACAGCGAUAUUCUACACUGUUUUUUAUUCAAGUAAAAACAAUAAUUUCAGUUUUUCUACAUCUGUAUGAACAAGUUCACUUUAUCGAUUUGUAAAUGAUUUGAUAAACGAUUUACGUUUACAAUUACUUGGUCAGAACGAAAAAGUGAAUAUUUCUCAUUUUAACAACAAUUUUUGUGGGCUUUUUGUUAAGUUAGGUCUGGCUACUGCUCGGUAAUUUAAAAGACGUAGAGCUAAUGAGGAUGAGUUUUCUACGACAGCAGGGGUGAAUAUAAAGAAGCAGAAUACAGGCGAAUCUUCGAAUCCUCUUCACCUAAUAGAUAGGAAAAUGCAAAAGUGCAUGAAAAAAA